AUGAUCAUUACUUCAACUGCAAUUUCAAUAUCAGAUCGAGUUGGGGCUAUUGUGACUGAGGUCCGAGUGGUCGGAAGUGCGCCUAGAGAGACGAGUGGGCGUCACCGGCCUUUUCAUUUCUACCGUUCGUAUAUUCUAUUCAAAUUUUUAUCCCCAGUCCGUUUGGUACUACGGUCGAUGAGUGCUCUAACGGCCGUUCAAUGCAAUUUGAUGAAGCCAACGUGGUAUUCGCCAUUCAGGUUCAAUAGGAUCGCCCACGACAAUGCUUUAGAUUUAAUGGAACCAAUACAACUCAAUGAUACACGAACAGAAUUUUCGUUACAGAAUUUGUUCUGA